AUGGAAUCACCUGCACGCCGCGCGCAGAGCCCCUCUGUGAAGGGCGAGUUGGUGGACGGCCGACGGCCCAGGUCGAGCGGAGGUAAUGGAGAGACCCCAAAGAAGACGGGCAUGGGGGCGAAGGAGAUGGAGGCCACCGUUUCCACCCUGCACAAACAAAACUUCGACCUGAAGCUUGAGCUCUUCCACCGUCGCGAACGACAGACGGCUCUGGAGGCGCGCAUCGACGCCCUCGAGACUGAGAAAGCCCAGAUGGACGACGUGAACGACAGGCUGUUGGACGAGCUGGAAAAGCGCGACAAGGCCGUGCAGGAGGCGGUCCAGAUGAUAUUGAAUCUCGAGGCUCAGGUUGCAAUGCUCCUCAAGGAGCGGGAAAUGGUGCAGCAUUUCGACGCAGCCGGCAUACGAGCUCUCGAAGCGCUCGAGCAUCGACUUGACAUCACCACGCCCAAACCCAGGCAAGCGAACCUGGCCCGGCUAGAGGCGGACGCCAAGGCCCUCAACCGCAUGCCCAGCUUCUUGUCGGAUCACACCGAGAACACGGAGAACUUGCGCAAUGUGUACCUCAGCUCGCGCGGGAGCCUUCUCAGCUUGUCGAGGCUCGCAACCGAGGGCGAAGACGCCGACGCACGUCGCGUUAACAACAUGACGAGCCCGAGUCUCAGCGUCCUCAGCGAGAGUUCUUUUACGAGUGUGUAUGGGGAGAAGGAAGACGUCGCCCGAGUCAACGAGCCGAGUCCGGACAACGGCAAAUCGCCCUGUUCUCCUGAGCCUUCGCGCGGCAGCGAUCAGUCCAGGGAUAGAAGACCACCAACGACACUGUCGACGAGGUCAAGCCGAAACAGUCGGUCCAACUCGUUCUCGCGUGCCCCUGGCCCAGGUCAGUUCCAGUCGAUCCGCGACAUCGUCGACCACACCUCUCCUCUGCAACAGCUGGCCAAUCUCGACCAUGGCUACCCGAAUAGGGCGCCAGCCCAAGAUCAGUCUCCCCUCGCUGGCAGAGAGCAGCCGCACAAGCAUGCCAAGGACACGAAGCGGGAGGCUCCACGUAGGGUAAUGACCGACACGCCCGUUCAACGGCCGGGUGAACAAGUCUUGCCUCCCACGCCCGACACCGUUUCCACGCCGACGCUUCGCAGGUUCAAGACGUCAAACGACACCCUCUCCAACCAACGAGGUGUAUCCGACCAGCGUAGCUACCGGUCCAUUUCCGACGGCACUUCCAAGGAAGACGAUGGCGAGGACCAAGGGGGCGCGCCAGUGUUGCAGCAGCCGCCCCGCUCUGCUUUCGUAGGCCAUCAAGAGCCGGCUAGAACGACUUACUUCGACACCAGAGCGCCGUUGAUUCCUCGCCCGAGGUCGGCAGGAGAAACAACGGUUUCCCACCACCACGAAAUGGACUGGGAUUCAGACGGGGAUUCUGUUCACUCGCUCGACUCAAGUCUCGACAUCUGGAUGCAGCAAGGCAAAGACCCGAAGCACUUUGACGAGAGCAGCUAUGAUUCUCCCGACCUUUUCAGUAGCUUCCCCAUGCCCGGCGGAGGAUGGAACCAAAACACCACGGUUGGGCCUUCUGGCGAUGGGACGUUUAACAUGCUUGGCAUCCCAGCAGCAACAGCAGCAGCAGCAGCAGCACAGCACCAUAGCCAUAUGGAAGACAUGAAGGUGGUGAGCAACGCCCUCUUCCCGAGUGCUGUUCAGCAACCACCCACACCGAAGCGAAGAUCCAGUCUCAGUGCGACGGGGCUGACAGUGUCGAAACCACCUCCCGCCAACGGAAAAUUACGCAAGUCGCUCUCCCGGGCCGGGUCCAGGCGAGCUAGCAUAGACGCACACGCGAUUCAGCGGCCCGAGUCGGUCGCAAGCACUCCGCAGCGUACAGAGUCAAAGUCCGGUGCCCGAUCCAAGAACAGCCACUACCCACCUUCGUCUACUACGGCUUCGCGUGGGCACCGUCUGAACUUCUUCAGGAGGUCCAUCAGCGGCGGGCCCGUAACAGCCCAGCCCGAGCCUGCAUCUCCCGCGGCCGAGCCGUCUCCGACUGCGGCAGCAAAGGCCAGCACGAUGGGCGUUCCGUCGUGGGUCCAGCGGUCUCACCUGGCGGACGACGACCGAGACAGCGCGACGCCGCCUCCCAUCAUGCGAAACCCAAGGCCUGCUCGGUCUGGGAGCUUCGACGAGGGAGCGCCCCUCAAUGAUCAGGCCGCUUCCGCCACCACGCCAACAACGCCCAUGGCGGUGCCAACGCGCGCCGCUUCGCAUACGCCGACGCCGCGUUCUUCGGAGCCGACUCCAACCAGCACCAACGGCGGCAGCGGCGGCGCCCCACUGCAGAAGCGCAAAUGGCUUCCAGGGUUCAGUCGGGGGAGCAGUCUGCGGAAUCGGACUGGCUGA